UUGAAAAGCUGGCCACCGGCAAAAAAAGCUAAGAAAUAAGUAGACUUUCAACAAGAAGUACCUUUUCUUUGGUCCUAUAAAGUCGGAAUAAUCGAUUCAAGAUUAACCUUUGCAUAAACAAUAUUCCUAUAUUUUAUUUUCUGUUUGUGUCUUCCAUUUCACUGUUAAGACAUGUUGCAACAUAUUUUCGCGAUGUGUUAUUGAACUUCUUGGUGUCCAUGUCAAAGACUUGUCUAGUGUUUACACUGUUCUCUGUUGAUUAUAAUUAAUCGAGCGUAUCCUGUGAAAGUGUUAAUAAGAAAUAUGGCCGAAAAAGGUGACAAAGACACUAAAAUGAAUGGUCAUCUGACAGCCGAGUCUGUUAAAACAAUGGGUGAAUCUAUCGGAGUUGGGGGCCUACCUGAUGGGGCAGCUAACUACUUGGCAGAAGACUGCACAUACAGACUAAAACAGAUUGUUCAGGAAGCUACAAGAAUCAUGCAUCACAGCAAAAAAUGUAAAUUGACAUGUGGAGACUUCGACAAUGCUCUUAGAGUGCACAAUGUAGAGCCAUUGUAUGGGUUCCAUGCCCCAGACUUGAUCCCCUUCCGUUAUGCAAGUGGUGGAGGCAGGGAGCUUCACUUUGUGGAGGAAAAAGAGCUGGACCUCAGUGAAAUAAUCAACUCUACCCUACCAAAGGUGCCCCUUGAUGUCUCCAUGAAAGCCCACUGGUUGUGUAUUGAUGGUGAGCAGCCAGCCAUUCCAGAAAACCCACCACCUGCAAGUAAAGAUCAGCAGAAGAAGGAAAUACUCGAUACCUCCGUCAAAACCAUGAUAGACAAGAGCCACAAGCCCGCAGGCAGGCCGGGCGGGGACAUAGGGAAGGCUAAACACAAGCCUAAAGGUGUCUCCGACCUCGUGAAGAUGAAGGCUCUCAGUGUUCACGAAUUGUCUGUGGAGCAACAACUAUUCUACAAGGAGAUCACAGAAGCAUGUGUCGGCUCAGACGAGAUCAAGCGCUCCGAGGCCCUCCAGUCUCUUGCCACAGACCCUGGCCUGCACCAGAUGCUGCCUCAUUUCACGUCAUUUGUUGCUGAGGGGGUAAAGGUGAACAUAGUACAGAACAACCUGGCCUUGCUCAUCUACCUGAUGAGGUUGAUGAAAGCACUCAUGGAGAACCAGACCAUCUACCUCGAGAAAUAUCUGCAUGAGUUCCUGCCUGGAGUGAUGUCAUGCAUUGUGAGUAAGCAGUUGUGUAUGAGGCCAGAUGUGGACAAUCACUGGGCUCUCAGAGACUUUGCAGCCAGGCUAAAUGCUCUCAUAUGCAAAAAUUUCCACAACAAUGUAAACAACAUCCAGGCGCGUGUGACUAAGACGUUCAGUAAGGCUGUACGGUCGGAGAAGGCGGCCCUGGCCACAAUAUACGGAGCACUCAGCGGACUCGGGGAAUUGGGGCCAGAGGUUGUUCACUCGUUUGUGGUGCCGAACAUUCGUAUGAUCGGGGACCGAGUGAGACAGGCAAUAGAUGGGCAACAACUUACUAACAACGCUGACAGGAUUGCCGCCGAAAAUAUAAAGAAACUUGCAGCGAAGUAUAUCUCACCGGUGUUGAAGACACACCGUCUGCUGACAGACACUAUAGAGGACUACACAGCGGAAUACGGCUACUUGGGUCCACUCUUACAUGCCGCUGUUGGGAAGGAGAGGAGUUCUUCCACCUCCAGUCAGGGUCCCCCUCAUAAGCCAACUAUACAGAUAUCACAGGGCAAGCCCCAUAUAUUUCUGGGAGGGUCAGGCACCUUGUCCACGCCACAGACGCCCACAUCUGCACGUCCCCUACAAAACAUUACAUUUCCCCGCACCCCAUCCAUCCCUGGAGUUGGUCAAAACCCUAACCAGAAGUUUGUCAUCAUGCAGCAACCAAGGGUGUCAUCAGUACCCAUGCAGACCACGGGAGUGGGAGUGGGUGGCACUUCAAUAGUAAAAGUCCUUCCAGGAAUGCAUGGAGGGUCAACGGGUAACAUUACCAGUGGUGUCAGUGCUAGUACCAUAACAUCGUCAGGGAGUACAGGAGGGCAGAAGAUUGUUGUCAUGUCUGGUUCCCAGCAGCCUAUGCAGGUGCAGGUGUCUUCAGGAGGGGAACCAGGCAGGCAGGUGUUCACUUCCGCCACAGGCGAGCAGAUCUCCAUAGUGAAAACAGAACCAUCACAUUUGUGACCAUAGUAAUAAACUGGAAAUUUGAUGAGGUGUGUAAUAAUGUUCACGUUCUCCGCUGGCAAACAUAUCUCCCCAAGGACUUGUGCUGCCAUACUGUAUACAAACCUUAAUUCCUCCAUCGCGCUCAGUGAGAAACAAUAACUUCCACUUGAUUGCUCCAAGAUGACAGGAAUUUGUCAUGACUUGGUGGAAAUGUGUAAUGGUGUUGCCGCAGUGACUAAUGACCUUACUUCGCUAGAACCUACAUGCCUCUCCAUGGCGACAUUGUAACCUUACAACAAAGGGUCACAACUACAAAUUUGUAUUAGUGUUGCUGUAUAUAAGCUUUGAUCCUAUGGAACUUUAUCUCCUAAACUCAAAAACAAAAUCUUGUAAGCAAAUCACCAGGAAUGGAAAAUGUUUAGACUGGAGAGGGGGUAAUAAUGACUGAAAACUGUUGUUGAAAGAUUACGAUUAGACAGUGCUGGUUUUCAGUAGUUACUAUAUAUGGAGUAAAACAGCGUGUUGGGAAACAGCUUCCAAUUGUUGGAAGGCUGAUUGACUAUGACUGAAUUUUGUUGUAAAAAAAACUCACUCAAGUGUUGAUAAAAUUUACAACAAAAUAAAGUUGUUAAGACAUUAUGAAUUUUGGUGAAUGUAACCUUUAAUUUCUGAAUUCAUACCUGAAUGUUAAAAGGACAACUCAUGUCAGAUGUAAUUGAUUGCAUUAUUUGAUUUUUAAUAUAUUAAAAAAUAAAUCUUAUGGUAUUAAAUGCUUUACCUAUGAACAAGAAACUGAAUUAGUUAUAGCCAC